CGUCAUUUCAGUUAUUUUACGCCGCUUGACGAUGGAAAAAUUAUCAACCACUCUCCAGUUUAUUAUUAUAUAAAUUAUCAUAGAAAAGUUAGUGAAUUUAUUUAAACUUGUUAAAAAUUCAUUUCCAAAAUUGAAAAAUAAACAAAAUUGAGGAUAAUCGUUGAUUUGUAGAAAAAAAUGUGAAGAUCUACAAAAAAUUUGCGAUAAAGAAUUGGUAAAUAAAAUCAGUAUGGAAUCAUCAGCACCCGAUUAUGAGGCAAUAGACAUAAAAGAAGAAAUACCAUCGGAUGUAGAAGAUAAUGAAGUUUACGAUAACCUAAUGUUGAAUUUAAUGAGUGCCAAGAAAGAAGGAACAGAAUCAUUUAUUAAAAUAGAAGAACAAUAUCAGGAGACAAAUCCAGAUCAAACACGAUUAUCUAGAUCUUUAUCACGAGCAGCACGUCGUUACGUGAAAGAGAAACAAAUUGAAGAUGUGCGAAAAAAAAUCUACUCUGGUCUCUAUGCUCUCGAACAAAAAUCAGGUGGAAGAAGUGAAGCGUGGAAAAGAUUUCAAGUAAUCAUUGAAGUUGCCACAGGUCUAAAAACAGAAUAUGUACAAUGUAAAAUUUGCGAAUUCAUUCAAAAAUACGUCGGCACAUCAACCGGUACAUCACAACUUUUACGACACUCGUGUAUAAAGAGAAAUAACGAAACAACAAAUCCAAAUCAACACUGUCUUUCAAUGAUAAUAAAAUCAUGCAUCGAUUUUUGCGCCAUUGAUUUACAACCACUGACAGUAAUUAAAGGCACUGGUUUUCAGAAAUUAGCACAAGAUUUAAUAAACAUCGGCGCAAAAUUGGGACCAACGAGUAUAAAAGAUUUAAUGCCCGAUCAAAAUACCCUCUAUGUACAACUUUCCCAAGAAGUUCAGUUUGCCCGCCAAGAAUCAUUCUUGACAAUUUUGCCAAUUAUACAAAAAGAAGAAGGUGCAAUAUCCCUGAAUACUUGGAUCGACAAUAAUACUGGUCAUUCAUACACAAAUGUCGUCUAUCAUCACAUUAACGAUAAAUGGGAAUUCAACAGCAGUCUAAUGUUCACUGUAUUCAAUAAUAAAAAUGAUAAAAACUACUCCGAAAUUCUCGAUGAAAUUAUUCAAAAAUUCAUCCGUCUCGGUGCUUCAUGGAAAAUAAUGAAACCAAUCACAAUCAUAUCGGAGCAAUCUAUCGAUGAUCAAGACUACAAUCAAAUUCCCUGUGUCGAAGUCUCACUAAACACUAUCAUCAAAAUCGUUCUCUACAGUAAAUUCACAGAAAUAGAAACACCCGAAAUUCACCACAUUCUCUCAGGUCUGGAUAAUUUUGUCAAAUUCAUGAAUCAAUCGGGUCUAUUUGCACGUAUCAAAAAGCUCAGAAUGCGAAUUGAUAAAAAUGAAACCUGGCAAGAGCAUUUGCAAUCCCUCACUGUUAUUCAUCAACACAACAAUCAAAUUAUCAAAUUGGUCAAUGGAACCGAUCAGUGGCUUCUUGAACUCGACAUAACAAUUGUCGAAUUUCUAAUGAAUUUUUUACAAUUAUUUAGUGAAGCUAUUAAAGAUUUGUUGGACGAUAAUAAACCGAAUAUUCAUCUUGUACUUCUUUGGUACAAGAAAAUAAUUAAUUUUUGCGCUAAAAAAACUGACGACAAGAUGGCUAUUAAAUUAAUAAAGAGCCGAACAAUUGAGAAAUUAAAAGAACUAUAUCCCAUUGAUCAUCGUCACAAAGUUGCAACAUUUUUAUGGUCAUCGGUGAGAAAAAUGAAAAUGCUCUCAAAUCUCGAUCGUGUGCAAUUUAUGCAACAAUUGCAGACGGAAUUAAAUCAAAUUGAUACCGUAGUAGCGCAGGAAGAGGAGAAAGAUCCAUUGGCCGAUAGUGGACCACCGGAAAAGCGGCGGAAACAACAUUUUCAUCAGUGGCUGGAAAAUCAAGACGAUGAUGAGAAGAGUGAUGAAAUUUUCAAUUAUCUAAUGACGAGGCAUUGCAAUAAUAGUGAUCUAUUAAUGUGGUGGAAGCUGAAGGAGGGGAAAUUUCCAAAAUUGGCGUCUUUGGCGAAAAAAUAUCUCUGCAUUCCGGCAACGAAACGUCAUUCGGAAAAAUUUUUUGAACCAGCGAAAAUUUUAUUGAACAAUCGAUCAGCUGAUAUGAAACCAUCCACCGUCAUUGAUUUGAAUUAUAUGCACUAUUUUUAUAAAUCAAUUUAGUAAGGCUUUUGAGUGCGAGAAAAUCGAGACGAGAGAAUUGAAUCUGAAUUCAAUAUUUAUUUAACUGACUAAAUUUUUAUUAGUAAAAAAUUCAUAUUGCUUUGAAUUACGAACUGAUUUUUUCAAUGUUAUUUAAUUUCUUUAAAAUUAAAAUUAAAAUUCAAUUUAAAAUUUUAUUUCAGUUGAAAUUGUAAUUCGAUUCAGAACUUAAUUUAAAAGCAAAUUUAAUUGAAAU